CAGGAGGGCAUUUCACCUGGAAACACAGCUGCCGAUUGGCAGGAGAGCUUGCUGGGGGGCACAACAGGGUAGCAUCUGGGCGUACUCGUCUCCGCACCUACACGGCAGCCUACCCCCCAAGAUGGCCUUUAAGCGCCGAAGCCUGUCGCUUUUCAUGCAGGGCAUCAUUCAGAGAGCCCCGCCAUCCACUACGACUGCAGACCAGGCCAAUGCUGCCCUGGCUGGAGCCUCCGAUUCCAAUUCGCCUGCUUCAACGCGAUGGACGUCUACCAGCAAGCGUGUAUGUACGGAGUAUGUAUGCGAAGACCUGUUGUCUGACCCCACCUGCAUCCGUGGGAACACAACCUGGGACGUUCACGCGUUGGCGCGCAUCUUCCACCGGAACUUCGCCUAUCAGCUUUAA